AUGAGUGUGAGAUGUACAGUCCUGGAGAAAAGGGGAAAGGGAGUCCCGGAUGAGAAGGUUCGGGACGAGGCGACUGAAUUCGAUGAUGUAUGCGGGAUCGAUUUCUGCUUUAGCUCCGGAGGUCGUGGCGCAAUGUGCCGACAGCUAAAAAUAUUGAGGAGCAUCAGCACGGCGAAAAGGGAGAAGAAAGAAGUAGGCAAUGCCAAACACCGUCAACCCAACCAGAAUUCACCCUCAAAAGUUUUCCGAAUCGAUACCGAAAUUGAGCACGACGCAGUACAUCGGAAUGCAAUUUCGAUGAAGAUCGCAACAGCCCGUCAAAAUUUCCCUGGAACUUUGGUGAAUGUUGUGCACUUGGGGUUGAUGCCGGAGGGAGCAAUGAAGAUGAAGAGGGUUUGGCUUAGAAGCGAGCUUGGGCGUGGGAAUGUGGCUGUACGAAAACUCGUAUGGGCAGUUGUAAACGGCGGCUCACUCGUAGCACAGAUGCAAGAUAGAAGCGAGUAA